AUGGGAUUGCUUUCUUUGGGUACACCACUAGACUGGCACGAGUCGAAGAAGCACAACGAACAUGUCAGAGACAAUGGUAUCACACAGUUGAUUAAUAUUUUCCGUCAGCACUAUAAUAGAGACAAUGAUAAGUUCCUCUGGGGAGAUGAGGUUGAGUACAUGUUGAUUGACUUGGACAAGCAACUGCACACUGCAAAGUUGGCUAUCGAUAAGGAUUAUGUUUUGGAUGACUUGAAUGAUGAAGCAAAGUCACUCCCUAAAGCACAAGAGAAUAACGUCUUGUUUCAUCCUGAAUAUGGUAGAUACAUGAUUGAAGCCACUCCCGCAAAGCCCUACGAUGGAGGCAAACUUGAGGAUUAUGUGUAUGUUGAGGAAAAUAUGAUUAAGCGUCGAGAUUUGAGCACGGAUGAGCUUCCGCCACAUAUCAAGCCGUUGACAAUAACGGCAUUCCCAAGAAUGGGUUGUGGGAACUUUACAUCACCACCGGCAAAACCAAUUGGGCCAGCUUCUCAGUCGUUGUUUUUGCCCGAUGAAAUCAUCAAUCGGCACGCGCGAUUCCCCACUUUAACCGCCAAUAUCCGCAAACGUAAAGGUCACAAGGUGGCAAUGAAUUUACCCAUGUACCCUGACAAACGCACAAAGUUGCUUGACGACUCGAUACCUGUUAAUCGUCAGUUAUUCAAGAGCGAUGUUGAGCCCCACAUUGGUGCAUCCAAGCCUGGUCAUGUAUAUAUGGAUUCGAUGGGUUUCGGUAUGGGUUCAAGCUGUUUGCAAAUUACAAUGCAAUGUGAAAAUAUUAACCAGGCGAGGUACUUGUAUGAUACCUUGGUGCCAGUAGCACCAAUAUUGUUGAGCUUGACUGGUGCAGCACCUAUAUUUAAAGGGUUUUUAGUAGAUCAGGAUGUGCGGUGGAACGUAAUUUGUGGUGCUGUUGAUGAUCGUACAUUUAUUGAAAAAGCCCAAGAGCCAUAUCCAAAUUAUCACUUGUUUGGUGGGUUGGACAUAAACGAGAAGGAAAAUUUGCAAGUGAAUAAUCACAGCGUGAAUGCAUAUGGAGAUUUGCAAGAUUUGUACACAAAAGAUGGCAAACCAAUUCAAACAAUUCCGAAGUCGCGGUACGGAUCAGUGGAUAAUUAUCUCGGAGACCACAAGUUUGACACUAGUUACUUCAAGGACAGUUUCAAUGAUUUGAAUGCCCCAAUAAACUCAAAGGUAUACAAACGUUUACUCAAUGACAAACUGGGACAAUUUGACAAGCAUUUGGCUAAUCAUUUUGCUCAUUUAUUCAUCAGAGAUCCGUUGGUCAUAUUCAGUGAGAGAAUUGACCAGGAUAACAAUUUGAGCAAUGACCAUUUCGAGAACUUGCAAAGUACAAAUUGGCAAACAUUACGUUUCAAGCCGCCAGCAUUGUACGAAAGUGAUGCCGAUGGCAAAGUCGAUUUCACUAAUAAGCCUGGUUGGAGAGUUGAAUUUAGACCAAUGGAGGUUCAAAUCACCGAUUUUGAAAAUGCAGCAUUUUCCUCAUUCAUUACAUUAUUGUCACGCGCCAUUUUGAAAUUCAAGCCAAAUUUUUAUAUCCCGCUUCUGAAGGUUGAGUUGAAUAUGACAUUGGCACAUAAAGUCGACUCGGUAUUGAAUGAUAAGUUUUGGUUUAAAUCGAUGGAUUCAUGGAAUAUAGAUUACCAUGAUUUCACCGGCUACGACUUUAGCUGGUUUGACCGUUUCUUGAUGGAAGGAAACGAUGUAUUGGAAGAUGGACCUGUUUACCUAAAGGGGUACGCUUCAAGUGCCAGUCUUGCUGCAAUGAAUGGAAAGACCAACGGAGCAGCAACUCAAGCGCACAGUGGACAGGCAAAUGGUUCUGUAGCCGCUAGUGCAAAGGGUUGCGAGGGAAAAACAGUUGAGGAUGUAAAUGAUGUUGAUGAUUUUGGUAUCGAUCAGCGCUACACAUUGCAUGAGAUUAUAAAUGGGGAUGGAAAAUUCCCCGGAUUGAUCAGCUUAAUCAUCAAACUCAUUGCAACUGAGUUGGUGCCUGAAAGUUGUAAACAUUGCCCUGAUUCCAACUGUGCUCGAACUUUGAUUAGAUUAAAGUAUUAUCUCAUGUUGAUUUCGAAACGUGCAAGUGGUGAGAUACCGACUGCAGCUCAUUGGAUGAGACACAAGGUAUUGAACAAUCCAGCUUAUCAACAAGACUCCAAAGUGACGGAGGAAAUCAACUAUGAGCUAAUGGAGAGUGUAGACAAUUUAACCCAAAUGAAAGACAAAGAGUUGGUGACUGAAUUUUUUGGUGAAGUUAUCAGUGAUUACUUGUUGAGAAAUAAAGCUCCAAUAUAG